CGCCCGUCGCGUGUGACCGUCCGGGCCGUGCCGCUGCCGCUCCGCUCCCGCCCGGCUCCGAGAUGCCGCUCCUCAGCGUGCCCAAAGAGGUGGCCGUCGGGACGGCGAUGCUGGGGAUCGCCUUUGCCACGGGUGUGCUGGCAGGUAAAAGAUACCCUUCUUUAGGUUUUGGGACACCUAAGUCAUCCAAGAGUUUAAUUGGGAAGAACAGUCCUCUCUGGCAAUACAUACUGGAUCACUCUUUGCGGGAACAUCCAAUUCUAAAGAAGCUGCGUCUGCUCACCCUUGAGCAUCCCUGGGGCAGAAUGAUGGUGUCUUGUGACGAGGCUCAGCUUAUGGCAAACUUGGUCAAACUCAUUAAAGCCAAGAAAGUUAUUGAAAUAGGUGUUUUCACAGGUUAUAAUGCCUUGAAUAUGGCACUUGCCCUGCCAGAUAAUGGCCGAGUUAUUGCCUGUGAUAUAAACGAGGACUAUGCCAAAAUUGGAAAGCCACUGUGGAAGGAGGCAGGAGUAGAGCAUAAAAUUGACCUGCGGAUUAAGCCAGCAAUUCAAACACUUGAUGAACUGCUGGCCAGCGGAGAAGCAGAAACCUUUGACUUUGCCUUCAUUGAUGCGGAUAAAGAAAGCUACAAUGAGUACUAUGAAAAAUGUUUGCGACUCAUAAGGAAAGGGGGAAUAAUAGCCAUUGAUAAUGUCCUUUUUGGUGGGAACGUGCUAAAACCAAGAAAGGAUGACCUGGCAGUGCAGAGCAUCCACCGCCUCAAUGAGAAGCUGCUCAGAGAUUCCCGCAUCAGUAUCAGCAUGCUCCCCAUGGCGGAUGGAGUCACACUGGCAUUCAAGCUGUAACUCCAGGAAGCCCAGCAGAUGGGAAAUAACAAGCAGCGUCGAAUCAUCAGGAAAAAUGCCGGUGGAGCAGUAUCAAAAAUGGUAAUUUAACCUUUAUCGCCGCUGGAUAGCAUAGCCUGGGAAAGUAGACUUUAGGAGCAGCAGCAUCCUAAGGGUGGCUAAGUAAAGAAGAGAGACUUAUUUUGAGAACUACUGUGGUUUCUUAUUUUAAUUGUAAUAAAGCAAAUAAACUUAUGGGAAAUGUUCCUUGUAA